CCUACACCUUCCCCCCCCUCCCGACUCAUUUAAUUCAUGACGAGGUCGAUCAGCUGUCCUUCUGUUAUCGGAGUUUACAUUUCUAAGUAAUUGUUGACCUUUUUACAAUAAAAUAUGUCUUCCAACAACAUGUCAGACCCGAAGAGGCCAAAUAAGAUUUUAAGGUACAAGCCCCCUAGCACAGAGUCCAAUCCCACACUGGAGGAUCCCACGCCUGACUAUAUGAACCUGCUUGGCAUGAUCUUCAGCAUGUGUGGGCUGAUGCUCAAGCUGAAGUGGUGUGCUUGGAUAGCAGUCUACUGCUCUUUCAUCAGCUUUGCAAACUCCAGAAGCUCAGAGGACACCAAACAGAUGAUGAGCAGCUUUAUGCUCUCCAUCUCAGCAGUCGUGAUGUCCUACCUCCAGAACCCACAGCCAAUGUCGCCGCCAUGGUAACCAAGGGCCAAUCACAGAACAGCAAGGAAGUAAAUUUGCGGACGUUAGAUCCGAUGACGAAACAACUGAUAGGCUCCCCCCGACCAUCAUGGAGGAAAAACAGAGACACAGAAGCAGAUUAAAAGACGGACAGUAAGGAGAACACAACGGCAAGACAAAGAGAUCGAAUGUUCUUAGACUGCACUAUCGUGUUUUCCCUUUUUUAACCUUUUCUAUGUUGCUUUGUUGAUGGAAACGUGUUUUGCUGCUCGGUUGAAGGAGAACGUAAAUAAAGUUAUACAAUUUUAAA